AUGAACGGUUGGAAAAUCAGGUUGGUAAUUGCGUUCUUACGGCCGAAUGGGACGCACUGCCCGGCUGCGUUUCAUAUCGAUAACGCCCCUCAAGCAAUUAGCAACCGACAUUCUAUUCGCGGUAUUUUGUUAUUCCUUGCGUUUAUGAUGCCAGCGUCACCCACCGAACUUCAGACAGAGAUAGGAAGACCGAAAGGCUCAUACUUUACCGACCCCCAUAUCGUUAGUUUACGAUUUGUCUAUCCUCUCCCGCCUCACUUGCUAUCCUCUCCCGUCUCACCUGCUAUCACCUUCCACCCCACCUGCUAUCCCCUUCCGCCUCACCUGCUAUCCUCUUCUGCCUCACUUGCUAUCCUCUUCCACCUAAUUCCUAUCCUCUUCCACCUCACCAGUUAUCCUCUCCCGUCUCACCUGCUAUCCCAUUCCGCCUCACCUGCUAUCCUUUCCCGCCUCACCUGCUAUUUUCUUCCGCCUCACCUGCUAUCCUCGUCCACCCCACCUGCAUAUCCUCUUCAUCUACUAUCCCCUUCCGCCUCACCUGCUAUCCUCUUCCGCCUCACUAUUUAUCCUCUUCCACCUAAUUCCUAUCCUCUUCCACCUCACCAGUUAUCCUCAAUCUGGUCCCUCACCUCAUCCUUAUCCUUCCUCAUCUAUCCUCUCCCGUCUCACCUCUAUCCCCUUGCUAUCCUUUCUAUCUCUUCCGCCUCACCCUCUUCGGCCCUGCUAUUUUCUAUCUCUUCCGUCUCACCCUAUCCCUUCGGCCUCUAUAUCCUCUUCCACCCUGUCCCUUCGUCUCACCCUAUCCCCUUCUGGCCUCUCCUGCUAUCCUCAUCUUCACUUUCUAUCCUCUUCCGUCUCUCAUCCCCUUCGGCCUCACCUAUCCUCUUCCGCUUCACUUUCUAUCCUCUUCCGUCUCACCUGCUAUCCCCUUCGGCCCAUCCUCUUAAUCACCCCUAUCCUCUUCCGUCUCACCUGCUAUCCCCUUCGGCCUCACCUGCUAUCCUCUUCCCGCUUCACUUUCUAUCCUCUUCCGUCUCACCUACUAUCCUUCGGCCUCACCUGCUAUCCUCUUCCGCUUCACUUUCUAUCCUCUUCCGUCUCACCUGCUAUCCCCUUCGGCCUCACCUGCUAUCCUCUUCCGCUUCACUUUAUCCUCUUCCGCCUCACCUGCUAUCCCCUUCGGCCUCACCUGCUAUCCUCUUCCGCUUCACUUUCUAUCCUCUUCCGUCUCACCUGCUAUCCCCUUCGGCCUCACCUGCUAUCCUCUUCCGCCUCACUUUCUCCUCUUCCGUCUUCUAUCCCCUUCGGCCUCCUAUCCUCCUUCCGCUUCAUCUUCUAUCCUCUUCCGUCUCACCUGCUAUCCUCUUCGGCCUCACCUGCUAUCCUCUUCCCUAUCCUCUUCCGUCUCACCUGCUAUCCCCUUCGGCCUCACCUGCUAUCCUCUUCCGCUUCACUUUCUAUCCUCUUCCGUCUCACCUGCUAUCCCCUUCGGCCUCACCUGCUAUCCUCUUCCGCUUCACUUUCUAUCCUCUUCCACCUCACCUGAUAUCCUCUUCCGCUUCACUUUCUAUCCUCUUCCGUCUCACCUGCUAUCCCCUUCGGCCUCACCUGCUAUCCUCUUCCGCUUCACUUUCUAUCCUCUUCCGUCUCACCUGCUAUCCCCUUCGGCCUCACCUGCUAUCCUCUUCCGCUUCACUUUCUAUUCUUAUCCCCUUCCGCCUCACCUGCUAUCCUCUUCCGCUUCACUUUCUAUCCUCUUCCGCCUCACCUGCUAUCGUCUUCCAUAGUACCAUUCAAAAACCACUCCUUUAG